AUGGCUUGGGGCUGGGGAGAAUCUGAGGAGGCUCACCGCCAGGUGCAGGAGGGGAACCACGAGGGUCACCUCUCUCACCAGCUCAUUGCCGGUGCCGCGACUUAUGCCGGCAUGAAGGCUUGGGAGGAUCACCAGCGCAAGAAUGGCGAAGAAGUCGAGCACGGCACUGCCAAGGCACUCCUUGCUAGCUUUGCCGUUGCUGGAGUUGAGCGACUCGCCGAGACCAAGGGUUUAGACAAGGUCGACGAGAUAAAGGCUAAGAAGCACGCUAAGGAGAACGCCGAAAAAAUGUACGAAGAGCAUUACGAACAAAAUGGUCCUCGCUUUAACCCCCAGGAGCACCCACCCCACCCGUCCUUCGAACGCAAUCGCUUCGACGAGCACCCACACCCCCAACCACACCACCACGAGGAGGCCGCACGCUUGGACAAGUGGUAA